AUGUUGAUGCUGAACCUAAGCUAUAAUAAUUUCCAAGGGAACAUCCCUGUUGAGUUUGGUAACUUCGGACAACUCACCACUCUAGAUAUUUCAUCCAACAGAUUAAACGGGGAAAUUCCUAAAAGUAUGGGGCAAUUUCAACAGAUAUAUACCAUUCGAUUGGACCGAAAUGUUCUAACAGGAAACAUUCCAAUUACCUUCAGCAAUCUAAAGAGCUUGAGCAUGCUCAACCUUUCGCAUAACAAUUUGUCAGGCCCCAUCCUAGAUUGUCUGAAAGAUUUAGAGUCUCUCACUGAACUAGACUUAUCUUUCAACAAUUUCCAAGGAGAAAUACCAAGAAAUGGUGUAUUCUAUAAUGGGACAAUUGUUUCACUCAAUGGUAACCCAGGACUGUGUGGAGGCGCCAUGGAUUUUCAUGAGCCUUCAUGCAAUGUCGUUUAUCCAAGAAAAGCAAGAAUCAUAAACUAUAUGGUCAAAAUAUUGAUCCCAAUAUUUGGCUUCAUGUCACUUAUUAUAUUGAUUUUCACCAUAAUUCAUGGGAAGAAGACAUCAAGAAGACCAUACUUAUUGCCGCUUUCUUUCGGCAAGAAAUUCCAUAGAGUUGCUUACAAGGAUCUAGCUCAAGCCACAGGGAACUUCUCAAAGUCCAACCUUAUUGGAAGGGGAAGUUAUAGUUUAGUAUACAAAGGGAAGUUAACUCCAGCUAAAAUCCAAGUUGCUAUUGAGGUUUUUGACCUUGGGACAAGAUUUGCAGACAAAAGUUUUGUUACCGAAUGUGAGGCUUUGAGAACCAUUUGGCAUCGAAACCUUCUUCCUAUACUAACUGCAUGUUCAAGUAUAGACAAUAACGAGUAUGCUCAAACUGUUUAUGCAUCAACAUGUGGGGAUGUUUAUAGUUUUGGAAUAGUACUUCUAGAGAUGAUUAUAGGCAGAAAGCCAACUGAUUCUAUCUUUGGGGAUGAAUUCAGCAUUGUUAGCUAUGCAGAGAGGAACUUUCCAGAUCAGGUGUUACAUAUCAUUGAUGCUCAUAUCCAUGAAGAAUGCAAGGGCUAUAAUAAAGCAAUAGUAGCAACCGAAAAUGAGUCCUAUCGAUGUGUGCUAUCCCUCAUGCAAGUUGCCCUUGCUUGCACGCUUCCACUACCAAGAGAAAGAAUGAGCAUGAGAGAGGUAGCCAUUAACUUGCAUGCAAUCAGAAAGUCAUAUGUCGCAGCGAUUAAAUGA